UUCCAAUUUAAGUAUUUACACUAGUUAUAUAAAGGACGAUCGUCGACCGGAGAACAGAACAAAGAACAUUUUAUCUUAGUGCAGUGCUUUCAUUCAAAACGAGUUGAAAUUUCUUAAAAAGGCGCUUCACAAUGAAAAGACUCGGCUUCCUUGUGUUCCUCACUCUCCUGGUCUGCCAAAGCCAAGCCGAGGAUGAAACGUACACAACCAAGUACGAUGGCAUCGAUCUAGACGAGAUCCUGGCCUCCAGCCGGCUGCUUACCGGCUAUGUCAACUGUUUACUAGACCUGAGGCCGUGCACGCCUGAUGGAAAGGAGUUAAAAAAGAACCUUCCAGACGCUAUUUCUAACGACUGCAUCAAAUGCACCGCGCGGCAGAAGCAGGGCGCCGACAAGGUGAUGCACUACAUCAUCGACAACCGGCCUGACGACUGGGACAAGCUCGAGAAGAAAUACAACUCCGAUGGAUCCUACAAGAAAAAAUACCUAGACAGUAAAACAACCGAAGAUGUAAAACAAGCAGAAGGCGAAACUACCCAGGAAUUAAAAACCGAAACGAUCGAAGAAAAGCAAGAAAAGUGAGGAAAAUAAUCACGAAAAUAUGGCUUUGAAAACCGGACACACAGAUUAGAAAGUCGCUAAUAAAAAGGGUUUCUUAUAAAGA